AUGACCUCAGAGGAUGAUGGCUCAAGCAGCUUUUUAUUGAAAGAGUUAUUGGAAACUUAUAGCAUCUCAAAUGAUGAAGAGAUUGAAUUUUCGGAACGGUGGAAUAGUCACGGUGACAACAUUUCCAUAGACGAAUACUCUGCGGAAGAUGACGAUUAUCAUCGUUAUGUAGAAGAGUUUGACAACAUUAUACAAAAGAGACAAGUCCCAACGGUGAUUCAAGAAGGUGAUGUAUUUCUGACUGCCAUCGAAGAUAAAGCUAGUUUUGGUAUAGAUGAAGAUUUUGAGGAAAUCCACAAAAUGUUGGAUCAAGAUGAUUUUGUAGAAGAAUAUCUCUCCACUGUGAAUGAGCUCAAAAAUUCGAUUGUUACAGCUGUAGGUUAUUAUUUAGGUAAAAAUACACUAUCAAAAACAUACAUGCACCAUAUUGCGCAGAUCAAAGAAAAGGUACAACAUGUGCCAAUUACUCGAGUUGAAACGCCAAGAGUUGUUAACAAAUCACUGUCUUUGGAAAAGAUGGAAUCGCCUCGAAUAACUGAAUCGACAAGCACUAGAGAUUCUAUAGAGACACUCCAUUUCAAAUCAUCUCAAAAGCCAAAACUGAACAAAGAAAAAAGUGCGUUCCAAGAAUUAUUAUUGCAGUCAGAAAUAUUGAAAAGAAAAUUUGAGGAAGAAAACAUGAAGAGGAUUGAAGAAGAACAAAGAAUUGAAAAAGAGCUUCAAGAAAAAAAACGAAAAAUCUUGGAAGAAAAAAGAAAACAAGAAGAAGAACGUAAACGAGAGGAAGAGCAACGAAAAAAGGAGUUAGAAGAGCAAGAACGAAAGCUGUUUGAACAUCAACAAGAAAUUCAGAGAAAAAUUGAGAUUGCAAACCAAAAAAAACAGCAAGAGCUUCUUGAAGAAGCAGAAAGGCAAACUAAACUGAAAGAACUUAUAAUUAAGAAAAAGGAAGAGCAAAAAAUUAAGGAAGUGCAGGAAAAAGAACGGCAACGACUGGAGAAUAUUAAAAAAUCUGAAGAAAGAAAGCGAAAGAUUGAGCUAGACAAACAGAAAAAGGAAGAAGAACGGAAACGAAAGAUGGAAGAAGAAAGGAGGAGAAAGGAGGAGGAGCAAAAGCGUCAAGAGGAAGAACGAAGGCGAAAAGAAGAGGAAGCAUUGAAACUACAGAAAGAGCUUGAGGUUAAACGACAACUCGAAGAAAAGAAAAAAGAGCUUGCCAAAGCAAAAGAAAACAAACGAAACUUUAUUGUUAAGACGAUUGCUGAGGCACUACAAACUUCUAAGAAAAACAGCAAGUGGACAGUGUUGGAGCGGUUAACUUCAUGGAAAAGUCAUGUACAAAAAUUCCUCAAAUCUCCUCCCAUUUCCUCCAUGGGAUCGACUCAAGAUUUAAAGCCAGCUCAAGCAGCAAAGCUAAAUGUUAUUUUGGAUGAGGACAUUAUCGAUAACUCAAUGCCUUUUGAGAAAGAUAACUCUCAAGUCACACACAUCAAUAUUCGAGGAGAAGAUAUUUCCUCAGCAAAACAUAAUUUAUUUACGGCCUUUCCUAAAGUGAGGGCCCUUAUUCUAGAUACUAAUUUAUUUCAAAGCCUGUCAUCUUUGAGCGGUCUUCCCUCACUAGAAACACUUUCAGUGAAUGACAACCGGUUAUCCACAUUAGAUAUUCCAAGAGAGAGCGCAUCAAAGUUGAAAGAGCUGUACGCUCUCGGUAAUAACAUUUCCUCGAUAACACCUCUUAAAAACACGAAUCAGCUCAGAAGUAUUAAUUUGUGCAAUAACAAAAUUCAGGAUUUGAGCGGCAUUCAGAAUAACAAGAAAUUGCAAUAUCUUCGAAUUGAUAUUAACAAGCUUACGGAUUUAAGAAUUUUAGAUGCAUUCACCAAUUUAUGUUAUCUUGACGUUGGAUACAAUGAGCUGGAAAGCAUUGACAAAUCACUCAUGUUUAACCUUUUGUUGGAGGACAUCAUUCUGUAUCAAAACAAAAUCACUUCCAUUCCAUCAUUCCAUCACGUUCUCCUUAAGAGUUUGUACCUGAAUUCAAAUCAGCUGACAUCCUUACCCCAGUCAUUUCUAUUUUCUCCGUUGAUACAAUACCUUAAUUUGAGUGGAAACAAGCUUGAGCAUCUUUCUCCACUUUCUAGCUGUAUUAUGCUUAGAAAUAUUAAUUUAUCAUUUAACAAUUUACAAUCUAUCGACGAGCUAUUACAUUUACGAUUUUGUAGAAAUGUUGAAGAAAUGAAGUUGAAUGAUAACCCUAUUGCUAGAGGUGUAUUAUACAAGGAGCUGUCAAUUGCCUUGCUACCAAAUCUUACAAAUCUAGAUGGCGAAGUAGUGAGCUCGCUAGCUCGACAGAAUGUGUUCUCUCAUUUCGUUUUUUACUCGCCCAGGUUAACUGGCCAUGUGGUGUCAUUCAUUAAUCACUCUCUCAAAAGAUCAGUUCCAUCCAUUAACAGUUCAAUGUUUAGAGACAAUCAAUACAAAUUUAUGAGAGACGCUAUCACUCUGGAUAAAUCUCAGAGAAGUCUACAAUCUCUCAAAACGAACGAAUGGAACACAAAAACAACCUACUAUUACAUGUGUUCACGACAUAUUAACGAACGAUCACAAUUUAGCAAUUACCAUCAAUGUAUUUCUUCAGAGAAAGUAACUGAGAAAAACUUUAAAGAUGCACAAAUAAGAUUUUCAAGAAGACUUGAUAACCGAUUAUCCCAAUAUGACGCAAAAGUGGAUCAAAAGCAACAACACUUUGAGGAACAUCUCGGCUUUAAUCCAAAACGACACCAGAACGUUUUUACGAUAAAUGCUGAAUACGAAGAAAAACUAAAAAAGCUAAAUUCUGCCAUUCUUAUCCAACGAUGGUUCAGGUUAUGGAAAAUAAGAAGAAAGAAGCGACUUAGGGAACGAGAAGAAAAGGCAGCUAUUGAAAUUCAACGAAACUGGAGAGGUUACAUCACAAGAAAACAUAACCUUGAUUGGAUCUUGCAUGCAUUGAACAAGCGACACAAAGCUGCAACAAAAAUUCAGUCCGUGUGGAAAGGAUACAGAGUGAGAACAAUUCUGAAGAAAGCAAGACAAUUUGAGGCAGAUGAAAUAUUCGAACUGGAAUCUGCAGUGGAUGAUAUUGAAUAUCCCUCAAGCAUCUUAAAUGAUUAUCUUCCAAUUAAUAUCAAAAUACCUGAGAACAGAACGAAAAAGAAAAUUGACGUCUAUUAUUACAACGUACAUACAAAAACAAGUCACGGAGGAGAUGAAUCUAUUAAGGAGCUUUAUAGGAGUGCAAAUCUAAACAUGCCACAACAGUUAACGGAAGAAAAUACUAUCCCAUCUCUUAUUGUAAAUAGAUCCAACAAUGAGGUAAAAUCGAAAAAUGGAUGGAUGGAGGAAGAAGAUGAAGCUCAUGAUUCACACGAGUCCUCUCAACUUGCAAUAGACGAAGGAAAUACCUCAACCCAAAGCAGUGUCAGUUCACAAAAGUCAUCCAACUCGAAUCUUGAAGCUAUCAAAAACACCUGGCAUUUCAAGAAUAUUGAAACAGCAAAGGAUUUAUUCGCUAAAAACAGUCGAGUCCAAAAAAUCAAAAAGCAAAAACAAUUAAGGGAAGAAAUGAAAGAUCCUAUGAAAAGAUUGGAAAUGUUUAAAAAGAAGUCAAGCGCAACAACUGCUACAAGUAUUCAGACAAGCAAAAGCAAAUCUUCUAACAAACAAAAUCUAGCAACUCACACGGCUCACAUUGAUACAGACAUGGAAUUGAGGUCACUCUCCUCGUCAGAAACAGAUUCACGACACUCUUCAGAAAAUUUACGUCUUCCCAAAAUCAACAACAAACCUCGUGGAAGGUAA